UAACUUUAUGAGCACAUAUGUCCACUUGAAUUAUUUCUUCUUAUAAUAAUAUUAACACAAUGUUCUAGACACUGCUUUGGAAGUUCAACUUUCUCUCUAUCUAGCUGUGAAUCUUUAGUUUCCUAAACAAACACCACGCCCUCACGAUUGAUAAUUUGUGCCUGUCUUCUCUCUCACUCACUCUUCUCUUUCCUUUUUGGAAAGGAAAUUAAAAUGGGUGCACUUAACUACAUCAUCUCCAACUUUUGCACGGUUCCCAGCAAAAAGAUCAAAACAAUGCAGACAGUUGAGAUCAAAGUCAAAAUGGACUGUGAUGGCUGUGAACGAAAAGUUAGAAAUGCAGUGGCGACAAUCAAAGGAGUAAAAUCUGUGGAGAUAAACCGAAAGCAAAGCAGGGUGACAGUGAAUGGUUGUGUUGAUCCAAACAAGGUAUUGAAUAGGGUAAAGAGAACUGGGAAGAAAAGAGCUGAAUUUUGGCCUUAUGUUGCACAGCAUGUGGUCACAUAUCCUCAUGCCUCCGGCAUCUAUGACAAAAGGGCACCCGGUGGCUAUGUUCGAAAUGUCCAAACAUUUACACCAUCUGCUGAUACAGAAGAGAAAUUUAUGUCCCUUUUCAGUGAAGACAACGUAAAUGCAUGCUCCAUCAUGUAAUACACUGUAAUAUAUAUCUACCAGCUUUUUUCUUUACACUUAAUUGGUGGUUCGAAGUGUGAUGGAGAAGAGUCAAUGAAUGUACUCACUCUUUUUUUCUACUUUUUGUUAAUGUGCUUCGGGACAAAAACUCUGAAUUGCCAUGCUAGCGUCAAUUAUUGAAACUUCGUGGAAACUGAAAAACGCUGGAGUGCAAUCAAACUUUAGAAGGUAUAAUGUAUUAAAAUAGCAGAAAUCAUUUUUUAAAGGUGUUGAGAGGAAUUUGAUUCUUGCUGCCUACCACAGACAAAUCGAAUAACGCAAAGGACCACUGUUACUCCUAACUCAUUCGUUAAGUCAAUGUGUAAUACUUCACUUAUACCAUAAUUAAGUAUUUUUUAUUUUAACUUUAUUGCCUGUGGAAGACAUGAUUGAUAACAUGUCAGGGUAAAGGGAUUUAUAAGGGACUUGUAUUAGCAACGAUUGUUUCAAUUGGUGAAUAUUGUGUCUUCUUGCUUUUGGAAUAAGACAAUAUAUAACUUUUAU